UUGAUCCUCAUUCGUGUCUAUCACAUAAAUGUGUCCACAUGUGGCGAAUUGCGGACGUGGGCUCUUCGCAACCCUCAACUUCCACGUGUCUUGCUUUGCCCAUAUAAUAUAGAUCGUGCUAAUUGAACAUGGCAGUGACAAUAUGGGGGGAAGGACGCUCGACACAGAGGUUUCGGGUACUUUUCCUGGUGGCUACCAAAAUAGCACAGUUGCCAAUUGUGUAGCUGCUUGUUCCAGUCGCAAUUACAUGUAUGCGGGUCUGGAAUACUAUGGAGAGUGCUGGUGUGGUAAUCUUCUACGCAAUGAGGCAGCGUUAGCAGCAGACCAAACAACUUGCAAUACGCUUUGCAACGGCAACAGUACCGAAUACUGCGGCGGGCCAGACAGACUGAAUCUGUACACAAACUCGCCUCCGCCAAACUCCAGCUCCGCCAUCUCAAUGUCGACCGUAUCAAUUUCUUCAGUGGCAUCAUCUCUCGCAACAUCUCCAACGACUCAAACAGUGGUGCAAAGCUCGAAUCCGAACAGUUCAGCUAUAUCUUCCACAUCGCCCACGUCUACUAUAUCAACAAAUUCUUCCGCACCAAUUACUUCUGGAACGACGUCGUCAAGCACAACGGCAUCUAUAAGUUCAUCGGAUUCUACCGCAACAACGUCAGAUUCUGUAUUGAAUACAACUUCAACAACAUCACCAGUAACAUUUACAAGUUCUGCGCCUACGGUGACUGGUGUUCCUACGCCUCUACCUAGUGGUUGGAACUACAAGGGAUGUUGGAUCGACAAUGCCAACGGCCGGGUCUUUGCCAAUCAACUGCCUGAUGCCAACGAUAUGACCGUUGAGAGGUGUAUUGGAAACUGUACAGCUAAUGGAUUUGGAGUGGCCGGUAUUGAAUAUGCUUCCCAAUGCUUCUGCGGGAAUUAUCUUAUGAACGGCGCCGCCAUGUCCCCCCAAUUACAAUGCAGCAUGCCUUGUGCUGGGAAUGCUGAAGAGUUCUGUGGAGCCGGUGACAGACUGAGCGUGUACUCCAACAGCACUGCUAAUCUCACCGUGUACGCGGUUCCAAGUACACAGAAGACCGGGCUACCCAGCAAUUGGGAGUACGUCGGUUGCCUCCGCGACGAUGCUCCAGGCGGAUUGAGGGCGCUUCCUUACCAACUUAUUUUAAACAACAACACAGCAAAUAUUUGUAUCAGUCAAUGCUCCGCCUUUGGGUAUGCUUACGGUGGUAUGGAAUAUGGCAACGAGUGCUAUUGCGGAGACCUGGGAGAUAUCCAAACUGCAAGAGCUACUAGCGCUCCUGAAUCGGAUUGCUCGGUCACCUGCUCCGGCAACGCGACAACCCUCUGCGGAGGACCCCGUCGCCUUUCUCUAUACAAAUGGACUGGGCCAAAUCUUGCGAAUUGGAAUUAUGCGACAGGCGAUGCUGCAGGAGCAUACCAAUUCCUGAUUGGUGGUGUAGUUGUUCCUCUUGUCACUCAAGCUGCGCGAAACGGCAAGAUUACUUUCCUCGAAAAGUCUGGAACAGGACCUCCGAACUCGACAGGCGCUUAUGAACUGGAUGUCGCCCAGCUCAACAACUUCACCGGCGCUUGGCGACCGAUGCAUGUCAAGACUGAUAUCUUCUGCUCGGCUUCUCUCACUUUGCCAGACAAAGCGGGUCGCCAGCUCAACGUCGGCGGAUGGGCUCUGGAUGCCACUUUUGGUGUUCGCCUUUACUGGCCAGAUGGAUCACCUGGUGUCUGGGGCCAGAACGACUGGCAGGAGAAUGUGAAGGUGCUCAAAAUGCAGAACGGUAGAUGGUAUCCAACGGCAAUGGUGAUGGCCAAUGGUACUGUCCUGGUCGUUGGCGGCGAAGAUGGAUCGAACGGAAAACCCGUCCCCACAUUGGAAAUUCUACCAACGCAGGGGCCUGUGGUGUACGCCGCUUACCUGAAUCGCACAGACCCUAAUAACCUCUAUCCCUACCUGGCGGUCCUACCCAGCGGUGGCAUCUUUAUACAGUAUUAUAACGAAGCCGCCAUCCUCGACGAGGUUACUCUGCAGGUCAAGAAGCAGCUUCCAAAUGUUCCCGCAUCCGUGAAUCGACCGGAUGGUGGAAGGACGUACCCGAACGAGGGCACUGCUGUCUUGCUGCCCCAAUAUGCUCCAUACACGGAUCCUCUGAAGGUUCUGAUCUGCGGCGGCUCAACGCCCUACCAAGGCUUUGCUCUCGACAACUGCGUGACCAUCGCUCCCGAUGUCCCGAACGCAAACUGGACACUCGAACGCAUGCCCAGCAAGCGCGUACUCUCCUGCAUGGCCGCGCUCCCUGACGGCACCUACCUCAUUAUAAACGGCGCACAUCAAGGGCAAGCCGGCUUCGGCCUCGCCACAGACCCCAACCUCAACGCCGUCCUAUACGAACCCACGCGCCCCCUCAACAACCGCUUUACCGUCCUCGCAAACACGACCGUCGCCCGCAUGUACCACUCCGAAGCCAUCCUCAUGGACGACGGCCGCGUGCUCGUCUCCGGCUCCGACCCCGAGGACGACCGUUUCCCCCAGGAGUACCGCGUCGAGGUCUUCAUCCCGCCGUACCUCAUGGGUAAUCCCGUGCAGCCUGUAGUCAGCAUCGCCUCGUCGCAGUCCGACUGGGCGUACAACGAGUUCUACACGUUCACCGUGGACCAGCCUGUUGCGAAGGUAUCGUUGCUUGGGGCGACGGGGUCGACGCAUGGGAACAGCAUGGGGCAGCGCACGAUAUUCCCGGCGUUUGUGUGCAGCGGGAACUCGUGCACGGUUACGGCGCCGCCAGACGCGCACACAUGUCCACCAGGGUGGUUUCAGCUGUUUGCGCUGAAUGCGCAGGGCGUGCCGAGUAAGGCUGUGUGGGUCAGGAUUGGAGGGGAUCCCGCACAACUGGGCAACUGGCCGCAGCAGGGAGGGUUCAAGCUGCCCGGAGUGUAAUGGGCAGGUAGGCAUUGAGGAUGUAGGAGGCGGUUUACAUGUAAUGUCUCGUGCUUAAUGUUUGGUAUUUUGCAAUGCUACGUAAUGACAGUAAUGAGUCUAUGCUCCGUGUGCAAACAGUAGAGAGUGCACCAUGACGCUGUCUCGCACCAAGUGUGAAGCUGGCACAAUCCUCGAGCUCAGUCCCUUCCUUUCCCGCAAUGGCUCCAUCUCGCUUGCCCCAAAA